AUGACAGAAUCAAUUUCAGCUAGAUUUACCUCUAAAGUGGAUAAUAUAGUUGAUCCAAUACCGAAAUCUAAAGGUCAAGAAAUUAAGAGCAUAUUAAAUAAUGAUCCACCAGAUGAACAAAUAAGUUCAUCCAGUAAUACUGCUACUCCAUUUCAGAAUAAUUUAAAUAAUCAGACUAAAGAUACCCCUUCAGCAACAUUUUCUGGAAAUGAAUUUAAUAAUACUAAUAUAUCAAGACCAAGAUCAUCAUUAUCUACAGUGAGUAAUCCAGUGAUAUCAUCAAGAAAGAGACAUUUAUCAGAUCUAUUAUCACCAAGACCAGAAUAUUCCUCAGAUCCAAAUACUUCAGGACCGCAACAAUCCUUACGUACUUCUGUUUCGUGUUCACCUUCAUGUAGUUCAGCCUCUGAUUGUUCUUCUUGUUCAUCAUGUUAUUCUUCAAAUAGUACAUCAGCAUCAAGUAGUACUGGCUCAUCUUCAACGUCUUCAAGAAUAACAUCAGUAUCAAUGCAAGGACCGCCUCUUUUACAAAAUAAAUCAAAGUCAUUGAAAAGAAGAAGAAUACCACCACCAUUGAACAUAUCACCAACUUCAAAAGAUGCACCAACACGUCACAAACACCUUCACACAAACAAUGAGAAAAUUAAAAAUCCUAUACCAAGUUCUGCAGUAUCAAGUAGAUUUAAACCUCAAAGCAACGUUGUACAACCUCGUAGUGCACCUGCAGAUGUCACAACAUUUCAAAAAGCUCAAAAUUUAAUUAAACCAAAAGUUGUUUACCUAGGAAAAGAAAAUAAAGCUCCAAACAAAAUACAAAACCAUGGUGUAAUUGGGGGUCCUAAUUUACAAGUACCAGUACAAGGAUGGUACCCACCGCUAAAUGGAUUAAGAAAUACUGGCAGGUACCCAAUAGCCGCUGGAAAUACACCGAUAAGUGCCGUAUCGCCUCAGUUCCCCUAUUAUCCAAUGUACCCAAUGACACCCUGGGGUACUCCAACAAAUAUUGGCAUGAAUGUACCACAGGGAAUAUACCCAUACCCAUACCCAUACCCAAAUACAUACCCAAAUCAAUACCCAUCACAAGCAACAGCAUUUAAUAACACUAAUACAACCCAUAAUAUUGCUAAACCAUUAACAUAUCAUAAUAGUACUCCGCCACCAAAAUUCAAAGGUAAAAAAAUGAAAAUUUCUAAAGUCAAUAAUAAUAUUCAAUCACAAAGUCAUAAAUUCAAAGUUAACGAAGUCACAGUUAACCAGACUACUUCAUUACGCAAUACCUUUCAAAACGAACAGACCUCCGAAUCAGCUACACCGAUGCAAAAGAAUAACGUGAAAUCUGAUUCAGGGAAAGAAAAUAAUGAUAUUAUGUCAGGUGAAAUACGCCUCAUGAGUGAUGUUUUUAGCUUUGAAUUUCCAAAAAAUAGUAUACCUACCAAGAAGGGAAUUAAAAACCAAACUUCUAGCAAUGUCAAUAAUUUUUCUAAACAACUGUUUAUGAAUAUUUGUGGUAGAAUAUGGGAUGAAAGUCAACUUCUACAAUAA